GAUACGUAGUAAACAAACUUAUCGCGACAACAGAAGGUUUUCGUGCGUAGUUUUUCCGUUGAUCAACACUGAAUCCGGAUUGAUCAACACCGGGAAUGCUGGCCACAAAAUGACCCGCUGCGUUUUCCCCGGUUGCGAAAACACAGCCCACGGAGUAAGAACGCUUACGUUCGCCAGCGUGUACGCAAAAACUCGUUUGGCCAACUUGGACAAGUGGAAGGCAGCUUGCGGCGUGGAAGAAUUUGCCAAAAAUGCGUCGAUUUGCAGUGACCACUUCCGGGACGAGGAUUUCGUCAAUCCCAAGUUUAAAUCGCAGGGUUUGAAACCCAACGCAAUUCCAACGCGUGAUCCAAAGGCAGCCAGAGUUGAAGAAGCUAAGGACGUCGUAGAACCCGUUGAUACUAUGGAUGUGGAUGGCACGAGCGAAUCUUCGGGGGACACAGAGCAUGUUGUUGAACCACCAGAACCGCGACAGUUUCGAUACGUCGGAGAAGUCGACGAGGACGCGCUGGACUGCUCACCGAUGGUUCGGAGGGCAUUCAAGGUGCUCAAGAAGACCAUUCGGCAGGACAAGGCGAGGAUGGGAAUGUAUCAGAAACGAAACUCCCGGUUGCGGGAGGAGAAUGAACUGCUGAAGAAGGUGCUGGAUGGUUCGGAGAAAGAGGGAUGCUCGGCGGGGGAGGUUUUGGAGAGGAUUGUGGGCGAUGGACUGAAGAAGAAGGACGCAGAGCUGGUGCGAAAGUUUGAGCCGAGGACGGUGAAGGUGGAGCGACGGAUUACGAUGGAGUUGUUGGGGAAGAUUACAUGCAGGUUGUGUUUGGGGACAAGUCGGGAGGAGGGUGGGAGGUCUGCGUUUAGUUCUUUUGCUGGGGAGGAUUUCUUAUCGGAUAUUGUUGAAACCUGCUUCGGGAUUCGGGUUGAAGAGCACGAUUUUUGCACGAGCAUCUGCGAGGAAUGUCUAGUCAAGGUGGAUGUCGCCUGGAAGCUGUACGCUAAAUUUCAGUCGAAUCGAUUGGCGUUGGAGGAGUUUUAUCGCUCUCUAAAGGAGAAGAAGAACGUUGAAGAUGUUGAUCAAGAUGUUACAGAGCAAUUUGAAGAAGAAGAAGAACCAGCAGAGGAGAUUCAAGAUGUUACAGAACAAAUUGAGGAAGAAGUACGAGAGGAGCAGGGUCAACUCCAACCCUCAGAUCCGGAAAGCAGUGACUCAGAAUGCUACAGCUUGCCGGACCAUCCGUUCUUCACCGCGCACACCAAGUCGGUCUACCUGUGCCAUCUUUGUGACAAACAGUUCGAAAGGUCCAACUCGCUGGACUAUCAUCUCUACACGAACCACCAGGAAAACGACCAGGAUCAACUCUGCCAAAUCUGUGCCAAAUUCAUCCACAAGCGACAGAUCAGAAGGCACGUCGAAUUUCACAACGAUACCAAGCCCGUUUGCUCCAUCUGCAAUCAAGCGUUUCACAACCGGCAAAAUCUCGAACGUCACAUGGUGGUCCAUACCAAGGAACGUCCCUAUGGUUGCACCCUGUGCGAUCUCCGGUUUACCCAGUCGGGCUGCCUAAAGCAGCACGUCCAGCGUGUCCACAUGCCCCCCUCAACAAGCCCCAAAAGCCCGCCCAAACCCGGCAAACACUUCCGGAAGCCAGCGUUGUGUCCAGUUUGCGGCCUAGAGUUCAAAAUCUCCCGAAAACUGAUCGCUCACGUCGAGGAAACACACCCGGAACACCAGCUGGAGGUGUUUACGUGCGAGUUGUGCUACAAGCAGUUCAUAACUCUUCAGUUGCUGCAGGCUCACCGCGCGAUUUGGCACCCCAAGCAGGAAUAUCACUGCGAGCAGUGCGGCAAGACCUUCCCCACCAUCGGAAUGCUCGGCAAACAUCUCAAGAAACAUGAGAAGGAAAAGCUUCAAGGGGCGUGAUAAACACUUGAAAUAAAGAAACCCAAACCCCGUUACUUUUUGAAA